AUGUAUUUUCAGACUGAUUGCAGUACGUUUAAAAAGUUGCUACCAGGAGAAGGGAGAAUUUGUUAUUCCAUAUAUGCACCAAUUUGUGGAUCUGAUAGCACAACUUAUAGCAAUGAUUGCACCUUUUGUGAUAAAGUUAAGAAAACUGACAACAAACGUAAAUUUGUACAUUUUGGAAAGUGUUGA